ACUCUGUGAUGUCAUUAAACAGACGUCAAGCAGCUGUGCCGCUGCUGGCUGAGCAAUUUGUAAACAUGGUUGGUUAUGAGCGUCUUGAACGUACCCUGUCGGUAUUUUGGUCAAUGUUUUUAUGUUUGUGGCAACAAUUUUCAUUGAUGGGUUGGCUCCUGACACAACGACAUUGUUCUGUGCAACUUCAGAGAAAUUGUGUGAACCGUAAGGCAAGGCAUGCUAACAAGCGAAUGCGACGUUACUUGCGGCUAAAAAAAACGAUACUAUUUACGUACAUGGCUACACACAGGUCUGUGCGGAGGACAUGGGUAAUUCCAAGAAUGCAGGGUAAAGUGUUUUGGGAUAGCGUAUUGAACAACUUCAAUGAAGAGAUGUGGAAGGAACACUUUCGCAUGUCUAGAGAGAGUUUUGAGUAUGUCCUGCAACUCGUGAAACCCACACUGGAACGAAAGACUACCGGCUGGCGAAAACCGCUUGAACCCCGGCUCAGACUCGCUGUUGUCCUGUGGUGGUACGCCACCCCUAGUGAAUACAGGACCAUAUCCUGUUUAUUUGGUGUCGGAAUAUCUACAGUGUGCAUGCUUGUUCGUCAGGUAACAUGUGCCCUAAAGACGACCCUGUGCAAGCGCUUUAUAUGUCUGCCUCAAGGCCAGCGUCUCCAGGAAACAAUUGAUGGCUUUGUUGCCCGUGGUUACAAAAUGUGUGCCGGCGCCAUCGACGGCUGCCACAUACCAAUCAUAAGACCAAAGGAAGACCAGGCUGCAUAUUACAAUCGAAAAGGAUGGCACUCCAUAGUGUUGCAGGCUGUUGUGGAUCACAACUUUUGCUUCACAGAUGUUUAUGUUGGUUGGCCUGGUCGAACACAUGAUGCAAGAGUGCUGUCGAACUCACCCAUAUACCACAUGGCUGAGGCCCAUGAUGGUUAUUUGUUCCCUCGUGAGAAAUCUAUAAUGGUGGAUGGAGUGACGAUACCUGUUCAUCUUAUUGGAGAUGCUGCCUACCCACUGAAGAAGUGGUUAAUGAAAGGCUUCACAAGUCACCCAAACCUGACACCUGACCAAACUAACUUUAACUUCCGUUUGAGCUCAGCUCGAAUGGUGGUUGAAAAUGCCUUCGGCCGCCUGAAAGGCAGAUGGAGAUGUUUGUUAAAGCGCAAUGAUGUUGACAUUAAUAUCAUGCCUGACAUUAUUGUAGCUUGUUGCAUCUUGCACAACAUUUGUGAACUCAGAAAAGAAAAGUUUUUGCCUGAAUGGAACAUUAACCAAAGUGAUUUUUCUACUGAGACUACUGACCAAGAUCACAACACACGAAUUGAUGAUGCACAAGCAAUUCGCAGGGCAUUGGCAACUCUCAUGUAAUUUCCAAGGAAAUCUUUGUUAUAUUUAUUGUUAGUUAAAUUAAUUUUGGGUAUCUUGUAAUUUUUUGUCUUUAAAAACAGAAACAUUUGGUUUAGAGUAUCAAACUUUUAUUUUUGCCUUUUAUUUGCAGUUGCUGGUUUCAUAGCAUAACAUAUAGAAAACCUAAAUAUGAAUGCAGUGUUAAAUCAUAUAAGUGAUUAAUAAAUUAUUACAUAAGCUUAUAAAUAAACUUGGAUAUUUUCGAAACAAAAAAGAAAUAUGUCUGCUGCUUUUGG